CGCACAUAUUCGCAGUUGGAAGGAUGCUGACAUGCACGGCAUGCCGCGAGGAGUUUGCGACGUACGAGUUGCAGAAGGAGCACUUCAAGCUCGACUGGCAUCGCUACAAUCUCAAGCGCAAGGUCGUGGGCCUGCCACCCGUGACGGUUGAGCAGUUCGUUGCCCGCAAAGCCGACGGCACUUCCGCCCUGACAACAGCACCCAAGGUCGGCGAUCCCGUCUUGCAAUCGUUCAAGUGCCACAACUGCAACAAGUCGUUCACGAGCGUGAAAGCGGUCGAGAACCAUAAAGCAACGAAGAAGCAUCUGGCGGCUGUGAAGAAGAACGACAACGUAGAGAACAUCACGUCGAAAGUGAUUGAACAGCACGUCGAGACGGCGGACCCGCCCGCUGCCGAUGGCGACGCAUCCACGGAGGACAACGAAGACGAACAAGACCCUGACGUGAACUUGAACAUCCUCCAUUGCAUGUUCUGCACCAACGAAGCCGACUCGCUCGAAGCAAAUUUGACUCACAUGCAGAAAACCCACGGCUUCUUCAUUCCCGACUUGGAGUACCUCCAGGAUCUCGACGGGUUUAUCACGUACUUGGUGGAAAAGGUCAAGCUCGGGCACAUUUGCCUCUACUGCAAUGGCAAGGGCAAAGCAUUCCGGACGUACAAGGACUGCCAGAAGCACAUGAUCGAUCUGUCCCAUUGUAAGCUGCGCUACGAGGAAGACGACGACCUCCACGAGUACGAAGAGUUCUACGACUUCACGGCGUCGUAUGGGCUUGUGGCGUCGGGGAAGAUGGCAGCGACGCCGGACGACGGCUCGACCGAGUGGGAAGACGUUGAAGAAGUCGGCUCCGACGAAGAAGAUGACGAACUCGCCGACGUCCAGACGAUCUCGAUCUCGGACACGGGGAACUUGGUCCUUCCCGACGGCCGCCAGUUGGGCCAGCGCGAGUACCGCCGAUACUACAAACAGCGCCACCGCCCCGACGACGCACGCGAGAGUGUGUUGGCCCAGACGAAGGAGCGGCUGCUCCUGUGCUACCAAAUGGCCGGCAUUGACAUGUCGACAGCCCUCAGUGUGUCGUACGUGAACAAGUUUUUGAGUCGUCGCACCGGCAACAUCGCGGAAGCCCGGUCCAUCCAAGAAAGCAAGAGUGUCCGGCACAAGUUUCAGAAGCACAGAGAACGACUCGACACGCGAAGCCACAAGCUCCAGAAGAACCCCAACCGAAAGGUCAUGAUCACCGUCUAGGCAACCGACAUAAUUCCUUAUUCUUCACGACGUUUAUGUGGUUGGCAGAGUCUGCCGAAGGCGGAUGCCACUUGCGCCGUGGAACGCUGCGGCUACAUCAUCGCCAUGAUAGGGCCAAGCGGCAGCGAUGCCAAUCGCGCUGCUAUCGGCACGGCAGGCACAAAGCACAGGGCCAUCCCGUUUCCGCCGUGACCCGACGACCGUGC